CAUGCAUUUUAUUUUCGUUUUGUGUCCCUCUCACCCUCACCUCGUUCGCUCUUGCCUUGGCUGGACAUGAGGCAGAGAGACGUACGAUGUAAGUUCCUUCCCACGCCCCGUGUCUGUAGGGGUACUCCGUAUCCGUACAUGGCACCACCAACAAACCUUCUAUUCCACCCCGUUGCUUCUUCCAGCUUCGUGUUGUUGUGUUUGUUUGAUUGUUUGGCUUGAGAAACGGCGAUAAGGAGAGACCCGAAACACCCAAC